AUGACAGCCCUACUUCCAAUUGGAUUAGUCCUCCUCACUGCCGUCCAGGCAUGGGACUACGGAUUACCCUACUACCCAGCACCGCACUAUUUCGAUCAGUCGCAGUCGCCCCUUGAGUACCCAUGUCCAGCAUCGGGUCCCGAAAGUCUCGUCUGUGCCGGAGCCCCCGGCGCCCAGCCAUCCACCUUUCCCAGUCCCUGCGAAGUCCAGCGAUUCAGAGCCCUCACUGGCAUAGACUGGCAGAUCAUCCAUGAGAACAGGUGCGAAACGCUGGAGGUCUGUCCGGAUAACUGCCAGGAUCAGUACAGUCCCGUCUGCGGAAAGUACAAGGACACCAGGCGCAACUUCCGGAGCGAGUGCGAACUGCAGCUGGUCAAGUGCCGCACAGGACAUCCCUGGAGAAAGCAUCACGAUGGUCCCUGUGAAAGUAGAUAUCCAGUGGGUCAGUCGCCUCGCGUUCAAAGCUACAAUCCGUAUGCGAUCAACCCGUAUCAGCCGCACUACGGAUCUUCUGGAUCAUAUGGCUCUUACGGUCCCAGUCCAGCACAAGGACCCUAUGGAUCCCAAGCUCCUUACGGCUUCCAAGGACCUCAAGGAUCAUACGGUCCCUAUGGAUCGCAAUCUCAGCCUCAGGGUUAUCCACAAAGAUCAUUCGUCUCCCCAAAGCCCACUUACGAGGCGCCAGUUUAUAACCCCUAUAAGAUUACGUGGGAGAACCUGCCCACCGAAUUUGCCGUAACAUCCAAGCCUUAUCCCACUACCACCUACGAGUCUUCGACAAUUACUGCCACCACCACCAUCACCACCACACCACAACCUGCGACAGAAGGCACAACUGUCCCUAUAAUCACCACCACACCUAAACUUGAAGGGGCAGUAACAACAGAAGCCUCGAGUGGAACCCAAAGUCCCCGGCAGAAUAUAAAGGUGAAUGCAGUGGUGGAAGAGUCAGCAAAAACAACUACGCCUUCUUCGUCGAGAGUCACGGAGCCCAGUUCUACAGAGUCCAGUGUCACGGCUCCACCUUUGAAAAAAUUCAUAACGACUGCCACUCCAGAGCAUGCCACUACCACGGCGAGAAUUUCAGGACCCUCUCUUUCGAUAAACGCCGUAAAGGUACCCGAGCAGGAAGCUGAAAACACCACUGAACAGAUCACUACCACAGAGUCGAGUACCGCCAAAUCGCAACCAAGCUAUCAAACUUAUCCAUCCUAUAUAAAAUCUCCAGUCACUACAGACGCUCCUGAGGUUGAAGAAGCUACCAAGGUGUCUCUGGAUAAAGUCUUCAAAGUAAAUGCAGUUCAGGAGAGUACUGAAAAGGCAGCUGCAAAUACCACUGAGAAGACCACUGAGAAGAUAACUACUUUGGAAUCAAGUACGCCUAAAGCCCAACCAACAUACCCAUCGUAUCCAGCCUAUCCAUCUCCAAGUGUUUAUAAAACAUAUUCAGUCGUAAGCUCUACUGAGAUUCCAGUGACUGAAGAGGAGGACAAUGAGACAACUGAGAUAACCUUAGAUAGGGUAUUCAAAGUAAAUGCAGCUCAGGAAAGCACUGAGAAGACAGUUGCAGAGACUACUGAAAAGGAAAGUAGCACGCCCAAAGUAUCACCGUCUUACCCAACAUAUCCAACUUAUCAAUCUUCAAAUGUCUAUAAAACUUAUCCAGUCUAUGAAUCAACUGCGACUCCAAAGGAUGAAGAUGAGAAUACGACAACUGCAAUAACAUUAGACAAAGUAUUCAAAAUAAAUGCAGUGAAGGAGAGUACCGAAAAAGCAGCUGUAAAGACAACCUCAGAACCAAGUACUCCUAAAGCUGAACCGACCUAUCCAUCGUAUCCCACUUAUCCAUCACCAAGUGUUUCUUCAGUCUUUAAUACCACUGCAAUUCCUGAGGAUGAGAAAAAUACUAAGGUGUCUCUAGACAAGGUUGUAAAAAUAAAUGCAGUGCAAGAAAGUACUGAGAAGAUAGCGGAGAAUAACACUGAUAUAAAAUCUAGCACAGAAGCAAGUACACCUAAAGCCCAAUCCAACUACCCAACAUAUCCAACUUAUUCAUCUCCAAGUGCUUAUAAAGAAUAUUCGGUAUAUGAACCAACUGAGUCUCCAGUGGAUGAAGAGGACGAUGAGGCAACUGAGAUAUCACUAGACAGGGUUUUCAAAGUAAAUGCAGUGAAGAACACCACUGAAAAGGCAGCUGAAGCGACGACUGAGAAGAUAACUACCCCGGAAUCCAGCACUCCUAAAACCGAAAACACCUAUUCAUCAUAUCCAACUUAUAAAAAAUCUACUAAAGCCCCUGAGAAUGAAAAAACAACCAGGGCAGCUUUAGAUAGAGUAUUCAAAGUAAAUGCACUGCAGGAAUCCACUGAGAAGACAGCUGAAGAGACCACAGAUAGUGUCUAUAAAAAGUAUUCAGUAUAUGAAACUACUGAGACUCCAGAGGAAGAAGAGACAGAGGACGAGGCAGCCACUGAAAGUCCUUUGGAAAGAGCCAUUAAGAUCAAUGCGGUUGCGGAAUCAUCUUCGGAAACCAGUCAAAACUCUACCGCCGCACCGACUUCUACCCCGGAUAUCCUAACUAGUAUUCUCUCAGGAAUCGGAAAUGGACUUAAUAUUACCUCUACUAAUAGUACAGAGAAGGACUCGGAGGAUGUGCCCAAGAUCGUGAGGACAGAAAGUGUCGGUGAGAAUGGUACGGUGGUGAAUUUGGAGGUGACUGGCAAGAACGGACCCAAGAAGUUAAAUCUCCAUACAAAUAGUUCCGACAAAUCGAGCAAUAUAUUUUUCAUAUUUUUUGAUAGUUUCAACUGAGUAUGUUUCCGAGUGUCCAACCAUAAUCGAUUUUACCAGAUAAGAUAAUGUUGCUAAUCCCGUUGCUGUUAAUAGUGUAAAGUUUAGGAAAUUAUAUGCAUAAAGUGUUGUGUUUGAAA